CCAAUAGUUGUCUGCUAGUAUAAUUAAUAUAAACAAAGCAGGUUUCUACCAGCUGCAGACUGUUUGUGUGUCAAGUUUCAGGUCUUCUUAACCUCGAGGAGCCACAGUCUUUGCUCAAGCUUGUUGGUGGAUCUUUAACUGGUCGACACGACCUUGGCUGCAGGGGGUAACACUCGAGCACCUGUGCCGGGCAAAGGUUGAUCCAGGUCUGUCCUACACCUGACAGCUACUGUCAAUCAGCUGUGACCAAGAAGAAGCAAAUACAGGAUGAAUGUGGAAAAGGAUUUGGUUAGGAUCCAUGGUGUUGCAGUCAUGGAUGGUAAAGCUGAGAGCAUGUCUACCCAAAAGGCACAAACUGUGUCAGGCUCCACAAACUUAAAGACCCACUCCACUCUCAUACAUAACGGAGGAGCCACCAAAGCUGUGCUCAGUUCAACAUCUGAGCUGGAGAAAGCCACUGAAGGACUUUCACUAGAAGAGCCCGAGGCAGUUCCCCUUUCAACAGCAACUGCACCAGCAACUCUGGCCCCAGCUGACCAGCUAUGGAGCACCAGCAGAGACAAGGCAGUAAGGCUGAGGAUGGAAGGCUCGGGUCCGGCCUCAGAGACUCCUGUGACUAUCCAUCAGAUGUUCCUGGAGACGGUGGGAAAGUACGGGGAUCAUCCAGCCUUGGUUUCCAAAAAAGGGGGCCAGUGGGUGACCCUGACAUGGAGGCAAUACUAUGAGCAGUGCCGAGCAGCAGCUAAAAGUUUUCUCAAGUUAGGGCUGGAGCGUUACCAUGGUGUGGGGAUUCUAGGAUUCAACUCCCCCGAGUGGUUCAUCUCAGACGUCGGCUGCAUCUUUGCUGGGGGUCUGGGAACAGGAAUUUACACAACAAACACGCCCGAAGCUUGUCAGUAUGUGGCUGCCAGCAGUGAGGCCAACAUCCUAGUUGUAGAGAACCAGAAACAGCUUGAAAAAAUCCUACAGGUUAAAGAUCAACUCCCUCAUCUGAAAGCCAUCGUCCAGUAUAAAGGCGAACUGCAGCAGAAAGCACCAUUCCUGUAUACAUGGGCAGAGUUUAUGAAGCUGGGAGAGGAAGUGCCGGACGAGCAGCUGAAUGCUGUGACUGACAGUCUUCGGGCCAAUGAGUGCUGUACUCUCAUCUUUACCUCUGGAACCACUGGCAACCCUAAAGGAGUCAUGUUGAGCCAUGACAACCUGACAUGGACAGCCUACACGGCAUGUUCCAUGGUAAAUGUUAAAUACGCUGAGGAGGUGCUGGUCAGUUACCUGCCACUCAGCCAUGUGGCAGCCCAGCUGUGUGACAUGUGGAUGGCUACUAGGCUUGCCAUGACCACCUACUUUGCAGAGCCAGACGCCCUCAAGGGCUCCUUAGUAAACACACUGAAAGAAGCUCGUCCAACUUGUUUCCUGGGGGUUCCUCGUGUGUGGGAGAAAAUGCAGGAGAAAAUGAAAGCUAUCGGUGCCAAGGCAACCCCAAUGAGGAGGACAGUGGCGGGCUGGGCCAAGUCCAUAGGCCUGCAAUAUAACUACAGUGUCAUGAACGGGGAGAAUCGGGUGCCGUGGGGAUUCAUGCUGGCUAAUAAUCUGGUCUUUAAGAAGGUCCGGGAAUCGCUGGGCUUAGACCGCUGCAAAUUGUGCUUCACGGGUGCUGCCCCCAUCACCAAAGAAACUCUGGAGUACUUCAUGAGCCUGAACAUCCCUUUGUUGGAGCUAUACGGCAUGAGUGAAAGCGCCGGCCCACACACCAUCUCUGAUAGCCAGAGUUACCGCAUCACAAGCUGUGGAAAGUUGAUGCCAGGCUGCAAGACGAAGCUGGAGAACCCAGAUGAGGACGGGAGUGGAGAGGUAUGUUUCUGGGGUCGGCACGUCUUUAUGGGCUACCUGAACAUGCCAGACAAAACAGCCGAGGCUCUCGACCAGGACGGCUGGCUGCACUCUGGAGAUCUGGGAAGGCAUGACCAGAACGACUUCCUGUACAUCACAGGAAGGAUCAAGGAACUGAUCAUCACUGCUGGUGGAGAGAACAUCCCUCCUGUGCCCAUCGAGGAUGCAGUGAAGGCCGAGGUGCCCAUCAUCAGCAACGCCAUGCUGAUAGGAGACAAGCUCAAGUUCCUCUCCAUGCUGCUCACGCUCAAAUGUGUCGUGGACGACAACGGCGAGCCCACAGACGAGCUGAGCCACGAGGCUUUGAGCUUCUGCCAGCAGCACAACGUGACAGCAACCACAGUGUCAGAGAUCAUAGCCAAUAAGGAGCCAGCUAUCUACAAAGCCAUUCAGGAGGGCAUGGAGCGUGCUAAUGCCAGAGCAACGUCCAAUGCCCAGAAGAUCCAGAAGUGGGUCAUACUGGAGCGAGACUUCUCUGCCACUGGAGGAGAACUGGGACCCACCAUGAAACUGAGGAGGCCCAUUGUUGUGAAGAUGUACCAGGAGAAAAUAAAUGAAUUGUAUGCAGUGGCCAUAUAAACACAGUAAACCUUACUGCACACAGAUGAGAUAAUACUGAAGAGAGGCUUGGGGCACGUUUAUGAAUAUUGUAUUGUGCCCAGAUGUCAUGUUGAGAAAUAUAUACAACUCUUUUCACCUGAAUGUUAAAAUUGCAAGAUGUUUAUAAUUUAAGAGGAAAAAUAAUCUUGAUUCUGAUUAUGUUAUAUUUAACGGAAUAGAGGUUUGUGCUGCUAUGUUAUAAUAUGUUUCUGUUGACUAUUCAAAGUCGAUAUUUAAGCUGUUGAAUGUACAUACGGUUUCACAGCAGCUGUGCAUGUUUUGUAAAUAAAGCAUCCAAAUCAGAGCCAAAUCUUGCAUGUGAAUGGCACACUAUCACACUGGAAAAACAGUUUUUGAAGGAAAGUUUGUGAAUCCACUGUGGCCUGAAAGAUGAAACUCUCUUGUCUUGGUCAUAAGCGUAAUGACAUGUAUUUUAUUUUUUAAGCAGCAGUAUCUAAAGAUUUGUACAGCAUUAAUUGCCAGGAUUCCAUGUCUCAUGUUGUAAAAUAAUCCCCAUCUGGCAAGGCUGCAAAUAUUUCCUCUAUAGACUAUAUAUUUAUAAUAAGAUUAUAAUAUCAAGUUAGUUUAAUAAUUUCUACAAUCACAUGUGCAAUGUUUAAAAAAUAAAUCUAUUUUAAUUUGUGCUUCUCCAUGUACAGUUUGACAAAUAUUAAAAAUGUUUAUAUUGUGGUAGAUAUUCCAUGAUUGUCAAUUAAAUAAAAGUGAUUUGGA